CGGAAAAACAGAUUUAUCACGACCGAACUUUUGUAGGAACAGGAAAUCAAAGGAUCAAUCAACCAUGGGUCUUUUUCGGAAGAAGAACCGCGGAGCGGAUGCUGACUUCGAUAUUGACUUUGACGACUACGACAAUUCAAGCAUUCCGAGGGAAGUCAACACGAAGGGUGCUCGUCACUCUCGCUCGCGCUCCCUUGGAAAAAUCUUUGGUGGAUCUUCCUCGAAGAAGACCGACAAGAAGGGCAAGAGGAAGAGCGGAAAGGGCAACAACAACAGCGGCAGCAUGGAAAAGAUCAACUAUUCCUCGUCCACAUCGACCUCGAGCAACAGGGAUGCCCGGGACGAUCGCCCCCAAACGUUCCGCGCUAGCACCAGCAAGGCCAAAUCCGAGACCAAGUCCCGACGUCACAACGAAGACUACGGUCAGGUGAACAGCCUCUGCAGUAUCCCUCCCACGGCCGCCGACGCUGCCUUUCAUGGUCCUCCACGCUUUGACUGGAUCGAUAUCGUGAGUUUUCUAUCCUCUCUUUUGUCUGUUGUUUCCAGCAUUGGUCGGAAAACCUUUGCGUUCGUUUAGCGUGGCGCGUCUUUCCCGGCUUUUGAGUUGUCUCAUUCUUUCUUUGGGUUGCCUUUUGACUAUGUUCUUCCGAUCUGCAGGAAUUCAACGCGGCCACGAUGAUCCAGGCAGUCUUUCGUCGGUACUUGGUCUUGCAGUCUAUGGAACGCGAGGGCGUAACGACCUCGUACAUCCGAAACCGAAAGCGCCAGCGCAAAGCCAGCACCAAGAUGUCCUACUUCCAGACAUCCACGGUCGACGAGACUGCUCCCGACCUUGGUUUUGGCUGCUGCGCCAUGGGGUUUGACCUCUGCGGGAACGACUACGAUGCUGCAGAUCUGGCCGCCUAUCGAACCUUUCAGCGAAGACAGUACGAGGAAAGGAAGAAGGCGCAGAAGGAUCGCGAAGAAUUCCUCAGCCGAUCCUACAUGGAGCAGAAAGGAAUCGAUACCUCCAUCAUGCUGCGUGGUCAAAGUUUGAUCGAUGCGUAGAUUUUAGAGGCUGGGACGAUGGAAGCGACGACGACGAAUGUGUGUAUCGUUGUUGUUUGUGUUUUGCAAUCUCGCUGCGAUGGGGCCGACGAGGGUGGUGAUUGUCGUGCUUCACCAUUGCCCUUGUUGCAUGGAAGUAUGUAGCAAGACCA